UUUGAUCUUUUCUAGGCGUGGUCAGGCAGCUGAGUCAUUUGUCGUUAUCAUCGAAGGUGUUUCCUACGUAGUAAUCCGUACACUUGAGGCGUUCGGUGGGUGAAACUAGCGAUUACAUAAGAAAGGGGAUUCGUACGAGUUCGCAUCGUUAUUGGGGCCAGGCCCCGUUCCUUUGUUAUCGCGUAUCAGUGCUAGUCGGCAGAGGCAGCCCCGCUAAAAAGUCUGGAUGGAAGCUCCUCAAAGAACUUUGCGGAGCCGCCCAGAACUCCUAUCAUCGAGAACCUCGUCAAGACGACUGCUUCAACCGACAUAUCGCGAAAAUGGGUAACAAACGGAAGCGCGUGGCCAAAGAGCCCUCCAACGACACGCAACCCUCUCAGAAACGGUCUAAGAAAGAAGUCUUGACAGCCAAUGGUUCGGCCAAGUCCAAGACAUCGAAAGCUCUCGACAAGUCCCCGUUCUCCGAGCACCCUAACGUCGACGAGCGCAAGAGAGAACUCGAGUUGUACAAUCAACUUGGGAGUGAAGAUGUCACCGAGCGCAUCGAGGCCGCUGAUGCGAUCAUAUCCGGCCUGCUCGGGGGCGAAGGCGUUCCCGAACCGGUCCUGCUGCGCCAUCUCGACAAGCGCCUGUUCCGCGGUCUCGCCAGUGGAAGGAACGCUUCAAGGCUCGGCUUCAGCUUAGUGCUGACCGAGAUUUUGGGCCAGUUAUUUGGGGAGAAGGACCUCGCGGGCUCCAAGUACACCGGCCUGACCUUUGACAAAGUAUUGGGCAUCUUGCUCGAAAAAACACACGGCGGAGGAUCGGGCCAGGAAGAACGGGACCACUACUUCGGACAAUUGUUUGGCAUUGAGAGCUUUGUGCGCUCGGGGGUCCUUUUCGCUGACAAGACGAGAUGGUUUCUGGUCUUGGACUUGCUGCUGAGGAUGGCGGGUAGAAAGAGCUGGCUGAAGUCGCAAUGUGGUUAUGUUAUCGUGCAGGCGGUUUCGCAGAUGAAUAUUAAUCUCGCGGAGAACACUCUGGAAAAGCUCAGCGGAGAGGGACUCGCGAAGACCCCAGAGGGCGUUGGCAUCUGGAUUGCGGCCCUCGACCGGUUUCCAGAAAUGAAGGUUCCGGCCCAACCGUGGCGACACCCGCUGGCAGUCACAUCUCUCCCUGCACUCCCGGCCGCUUUGAAAGACAGUGGAAGAGAGGCAUCGUCUGAUGAAAAUGGGAACAAGAAGCCCAAGCAGGGCAACUGGACGGCCCAGCUUCACUUCGUUUGGGACCUGAUCCUCGCUCACUACGUCAAGCUCGGUGCCCAGAGGAAUGGAGAUGCCCCGGAACAGUUCAAACAAUUUUGGAAUCGGGUUGUUGACGAGAGCUUCUUCUCCAAGAACGCUUCCGACAGCCAGAAGUUCUCGGGCUUUAUGAUCUUCCAAAAGAUGCUUGAGGGCGCCGUCGACUCCCCGUUCAUGGUACCGUUGCUCUUCAGCAAGAAUAUGAUGGUCUGUCUCAUGAACCAGGCAGCGAAGGAAGACCGGUACCUUCACCGUGCAGCUCUCAAGGCACUCAAGAGCAUUGAGGCUGUAGUCGAGAAGGUGCCGGCGCUCCUCCCAACCCUGCUCAAAGAGUUGCUUGGUAAGCAUGGCGCCUACAACUUCGAUCAGCGCACAAACACCAAGACCAUGGACAAGUUGCUGCAGCACACAACACCCUCCACCGUCAAAUCCGUCUUGAGAAUCCUCCAGUUGAAAGAUCCAGCCAAGAGUGGCCUCGACGGGUCCAAGUACUACCAGGCACUAGGGGCUUAUCUUUUCAAGCUGGCCAGCGUGCCUUCAGAAACACCUGAGGCUGACACCUCGAGCAAGUCGGUGCCUGGGCUGGCGAUCAACGCGCUCACAGAGCUCGCCUAUUCCAACAAAUCAGUACCAGCCGGCGACAGGGAGACGCUGCGGACAAGGUCAAUCUCAGCGUUUGCCAGACUGGUAAGGAGACCCGAGGAUUUUGGACACCUCUGCAACGCCAUCCUAUCCAUCGAGGCCGACGUGGACCCAGACGACGAGAUUGCCGGGUCGGUCCUCCCUGAUGCGUACGAGAGGCUUAGGGACCUUCUCGAUCCAGCAAAGCAGACGGACGAUACGAGGGAGCCUCGGCAGGCGCUCGCAUUACUGCAUGCUGUGGGCAUCUUGCAAUUCUACAACCAGGAUCCCGAUGUAAUCGAUCUCUUUGAGGAGCUCGGCGAGUGUUACAGCAAGCUUGAGAGCUAUGGGCAAGGUUCUGAUCAGGGCAUAUCUGAGUACCUCGUCGAGAUCCUGCUGGCCAUGGUUGCCCGGCCAUCUUCUCUCAUGCGACAGGUGUCUCAGCAGGUGUUUGAGGCCUUCACCGGCUACAUGUCGGAGGAGGCCCUCAAGCUCCUUACCGAUCCCCUGGCCGUAGAAGAGAGUGCCAAUGGACAGCAGGCGCUCUUUAGCACCGAGGAUGAGGACGUGAUGGAUGCCGAAGCGGCGGACGGCAAAAGCGAUGAGGAAGAACUCGACUCCGAUGUCGAGAUUGUCAACCUAGAAAACGCUGGGUCUGACGAACCCGAUGACAGCGACGAAGGCUCCGAGGAUGAGGAGAAGGAAAAUGCAGACGCCGAGGACAAAGAUCAAGAAGCCCUCGACGCGCUCGACAACGCCCUGGCAGAAGUUCUCGGCAGCCAUCGGCUCGACAAGGACGACGAGGCCGAAUCGGGGGAUGAAUCCGACAUGACCGACUCGGAGAUGAUGGCCGUCGACGAGAAGCUCGCCGAGAUCUUCAAGCAGCGUGCCAAGGCAGGCAACAAGAAGAAGGAGAAGAAGGACGCCAAGGACACGGUGGUCAAUUUCAAGCACCGUGUCCUCGACCUGCUGGCCAUCUACGUCAGGAAGGAGGCGGCGCGCCCGGACGCGAAGCACAACGUCUUUAACCUCCUCCCCCCACUACUCGAGUUGAUCCGCAGCACGUCGGCCAAGGCGCUCGCCAACAAAGCCUGCGAUAUCAUCAUGACCUUCUCCAAGAGCCUCAAGAAGGCGCGCGGCGGCAGCCAGGUAGCUGAGAUCCCAGGGCUGGACCUGCAGGCGCUAGUGUCCUUGAUGGAGGAGCUGCAUGAGGAAGCGUCGCAAGACAUGUCGCAUGCUUUCGCGAGGGCAGUCUCGACGGCGUGCUUGGCGCUGGCGUCGGUCGUAUGCUGUGACGAGGCGAGGCGGCGGGAGGUGUUUGAGCUGUAUGCGAACACCCAGCUUAAGUGGUUCAACGGGGAGGUCAAGAUCCAGCCGGCCUUCUUUUCGGAUUGGCUGAAUUGGUGCCAGAGUCAUGCUAGUAUUGCGGCGGCGGCGCAGGCGGAGAAAUAGACAUAUGUACAUAGCAGGAGAAUACCUUGGGUGUAACCAUGUUCUGGUUGAUCGGGUCAGAUGCAUGUACGGAUAUUUGGUUGAAGCUCAGUCGCGGCACCUGCUCCAUGCGAGGG